ACCGGCGGCUCCGUCCCGCUGCCGCCGAGGGGAAGCGGCGGCGGGGACCGGGGGCGGGGGCAGGAGGGGAUAAAAGCCCCGGCCCGCGCCUUGCUGCUGUGGCUGGCAGUCUCCUGCCUUCCUUCUUCAUCCUCAUCAUCUUCAUCCUCCUCAUCAUCUUCAUCAUCAUCAUCAUCAUCACCAUCCUCAGCCGUGCUGCCGGCGCUGGCUGCGACCCCAAACUUCCCCCAGCCGCCGGAGGAGAGGAGAGGAGCGGAGCAUGCGGGGCUGGAGGCGGGGCCGGCACCGGCACCGCGUUCCCCGGCCAUGAGGCGGCCGCCGGGCGCUGCAGCGAUUAGUGCAAAGCUAGCUGCACAUGUAAUCUGUGUCAAGGAGCACUGGGAUCCAGCUAAGAGCCAGCGACAAUGUCUUUAAACUGUUGGACGCUUCCUACUCGACUUGGAGUUUGUAAGGUGAACUGCAGAGGGCUGGCAUGCCUCUUGGUCUUCACAGUGAGUCUCUGUGGCAGUGCCCCAGGGAUGUGUCCAACAGCCUGCAUCUGUGCCAGCGAUAUCGUAAGCUGCACCAGUAAGAACCUCUCUCGGGUGCCAGGAAAUCUCUAUAAAAGUAUGAAAAGGCUGGAUCUGAGUUAUAACAGAAUUGGAUUCUUAGAGCCUGAAUGGAUCCCGGUGCUGUUUGAGAAGCUGAACACUUUAAUAAUCAAUCAUAACAGCAUUAGCAGCAUUAUCACUGGAAGCUUUUCCACAACCCCAAACCUGAAGUACCUAGACUUGUCGUCCAACAGCCUGAAGACGCUGGGCAGCCCCGUGUUCCAGGAGCUGAAGGCCCUGGAAGUUCUCCUGCUGUACAACAAUCAGAUAAUGCAGAUAGAGUCUUCAGCCUUUGGAGGAUUGUACAAAUUACAGAAAUUGUACUUAAGCUAUAACUCACUCUCGCAUUUCCCGCUGGACUUGUACAUUGGAAAACACAAGCUGACAGAACUCAUAUUGCUGGAUGUUUCCUAUAACCACAUCCAGUCGAUGCCUAUCCAGCGCCUGAGUUCGGUGCCAGCCAAGCAUCUCAGUGGAGUUUAUCUUCAUGGCAACCCGUUUUACUGUGACUGUACACUGUACUCCAUGCUGAUCUUCUGGUAUCAAAGGCACUUCAACUCUGUCGUGGACUUCAAAAGCGAGUACACUUGUUUGCUGCGAUCAGACCCAAGAGGUUACAAUAAACUGCCUUUACUGCACGACAACUUUCUGAAUUGCUCUGAAAGCACCAUCAACAGCUCUUUCCAAGCCUUUGGGUUUAUUCAUGAUGCCCAGGUUGGUGACAGGCUGAUCGUUCACUGUGACAGCAGAAUCAGUGAUGCAGGCACGCACUUUGUUUGGGUUAGUCCAGACAAUAAAUUGCUGGAGCCAGACAAGGAGACAGGCAACUUUAGGGUGUUUCAUAACGGGAGCCUGGAGAUAACAGAUGCCCAGCUAGAGGACUCUGGGCUGUACUCCUGCAUUGCAAUAAAUAAGAAAAGACUAUUGAAUGAAACCAUAGAGGUUAGAAUAAAUGUGAGCAAUUUCACAGUUAACAAGUCCCAUGCUCAUGAAGCAUUUAAUACAGCUUUUACGACCCUUGCUGCCUGUGUAGCCAGUAUUGUUUUAGUACUCCUCUAUCUCUAUCUGACCCCCUGCCCGUGUCAAUGCAAGACAAAGAGGAGGAAGAGGAAGCUGAACCAAAGCAGUGCCCACUCAUCCAUACUGAACUCCACACCACCUCAAGAGCUGCCUGCUGAUGAGAAGAAGGCCAGCACUGGCAAACGAGUGGUUUUCCUGGAACCUGUACACGAACCAAAACACAAUCAGAAUGGGAAAGUAAAACUGUUUCCUAAUGACAAUGCCAUAGCUGAGAGCAUCUUAAAAACCACUCGAACAAAAUCCGACUCUGAUUCCGUCAACUCUGUGUUCUCAGAUACACCUUUCAUGCCAUCAACUUAGUUUGCUGCCUGUGUUUGUAUUGUGCAGUCACAUUUCUGAAUACCUCCUUUGCUUGUAGCAUCCAUCAGGAAAAAGAAAUAAAGAGAGAAAAU